AUGACACAACUUUGCAGAAAAAUUGUUCACGUCAAUCUGCGCUGGAACAUAUUCGACCGGGUUUCGAUUAUUCGGGAGUUUUUCAAGUUCAUCUGGGACAGGUUUCUGGUUUGUUCCAUAGGGAAGCCGGCGAUCCGGUACCGGAGAUUGCCCCUGGGGAAGACGUUGUCGCCUCCCCCGGAAGCCGUAGAGGGGGGUUUAGUAGUGGACAACCCCGCCACUACAAGCUGCAAGGUGUAUGAGACGGAUGCGGAUUUGGUGAGCUUGAAGGUCAGCUUGUUGGGUGAUUGCCAGAUUGGAAAGACAAGCUUUAUGAGCAAAUAUGUUGGGGAUGAGCAGGAAGAGAGGUAUUUGGAGAUGACAGGGGUGACUUUAAUGGAUAAGACACUGAUUGUUCAAGGAGCUCGGAUUUCAUUUAGUCUAUGGGAUGUAGGAGGUGACCAGAGUUCGAUGGAUCAUGUUCCAAUCGCCUGUAAAGAUGCCGUAGCAAUUUUUUUCAUGUUUGAUCUUACUAGUAGAUGCACACUAAACAGUGUUGUUGGAUGGUACACUCAAGCAAGAAAAUGGAAUCAGACAGCAAUUCCCAUACUAAUUGGGACAAAAUUCGAUGAUUUUGUAAGACUUCCCCCUGAUCUGCAAUGGACAAUCGUGACCCAGGCCAGGGCUUAUGCAAAGGCUAUGAAGGCGACCCUUUUCUUCUCAAGUGCAACCCACAACAUCAACGUGAACAAGAUCUUCAAGUUCAUAUUGGCCAAGCUUUUUAACUUGCCAUGGAAAGUAGAGAGGAAUUUGAACAUUGGAGAGCCCAUCAUCGAUUACUGA